UAUUAAUUUGACAGAAUACAAGACUUUCUUUCUUGGUGUCCAUAUAAAAAUACCACAAACACUUCAAAGUGGACCAAACCAAAACCAAAACCAAAACAACCUUUGUGUUUUACCAUCUGCUCCCAUGUUUUUCUCCAACCUCAUAACAUAACAUCCUUAUCCUAUAUUCAUUCACUUUCACCUUCAGUUCAACUUGGUCAAGUUCUUGUUUCGGAUCAUCUUUCUUAAGAAUAGCUCGUGUUUCCGUAUACUGUAUACUCCUGUUGCUAAAAAAGUUUGAGUUCAUCAUUUGUCGACGACGAAGUUAGUUACUGGCAUAUCUUGUUCCGAAAAAAGAAAGGCUAUUGGAAAAUUUCUUGGGUGUUUGUGCAAGAAAAAUCAAUCGGUAGUUCUCGUGUAUUGAAGAACUUGUUACUUCUCAAUGCAAACAUCACAGAAACAUGAAAUUUCGUUCGGCUGUGACACGUUCUACGUUGAGCCUGUGCAGAAUAUCGAGUCAUAUUGCUUACCUUCCGGUGAGAAUCUUGACAACUAUUCUUCCUCCGAUAACAGCAGUCGAACAUUCUAUCCUUCUCAUCAGACUCUAGAACCGUAUAGCGCCCAUGAAUCUGCUUCAACUAGUAAUAACAGUUUCCCUUACCAAAAUUCUCCGACCACUCUCAGUUUCUCUCGGAACAAUAGUCCGGUGUCGAAGCUGGAGUCGAAUUCACGCGUGAUAAGCCAACAAAAUUCUCUUGAAUUUGUUAAUGGUUCACCUGAGGACGACGAUUCUUACUUGACACAACAUGAUUUUGAUGACCUCAGGCAUAAGAUACAAGAGCUCAAAUCUGCUAUGCUCGGACCGAAUGCAGAUAUGCUAGAUUUGUACGAUACUGAAAUUCGAGAAGAGUCUGGUUCGUUCUCGUUAGAGGCGGAAAACUGGAAGAGAAAUGUUGAGAUGGUAUCGAGAGGGGACUUGAAAGAAAUGCUUUAUACUUGUGCAAAAGCAGUAGCUGUGAAUGAUAUGGACACAAUUGAAUGGAUGGUUACCGAGUUACGCAAAAUCGUAUCCAUUUCAGGAAGUCCAAUCCAACGAUUGGGAGCGUACAUGUUGGAGGCUCUUGUUUCCAGGAUGGCUUCUUCCGGAAGUACAAUCUACAAAUCGUUAAAAUGUAGCGAGCCUACCGGUAAUGAACUACUUUCCUACAUGCAUGUACUUUAUGAAAUAUGUCCGUACUUUAAGUUUGGGUAUAUGUCGGCAAAUGGAGCGAUUGCGGAAGCUAUGAAGGACGAAAGUGAAAUACACAUAAUUGAUUUUCAAAUUGCACAAGGGACUCAGUGGGUGAGCCUAAUUCAGGCUCUUGCUCGCCGGCCUGAAGGACCCCCGAAGAUCAGAAUAACGGGUAUUGAUGACUCGUAUUCAGCUUACGCCCGCGGUGGCGGUGUUGAUAUAGUGGGGGAAAGGUUAUCUGCACUUGCACAGUCGUGUCAUGUUCCUUUCGAGUUCCAUGCUGUUAGAGUUUCCGCUUCUGAGGUCCAACUAGAAGACUUUGAACUUCGACCUUACGAAGCCGUGGCGGUGAAUUUUGCCAUUAUGCUACACCAUGUGCCAGAUGAAACCGUGAACAUUCAUAAUCAUCGCGACAGGCUGUUGCAUUUGGCUAAAUAUUUCGCUCCUAAGGUGGUGACUCUAGUCGAGCAAGAAUUCAACACCAACAACGCCCCGUUCUUGCAGCGUUUUGCCGAGACAAUGAACUACUACUCAGCCGUCUACGAAUCAAUCGACGUCGUUCUUCCAAGGGAUCACAAAGAGAGGAUUAACGUCGAACAGCACUGUCUGGCUCGAGAAGUUGUCAACUUAGUAGCCUGCGAAGGGGAAGAAAGAGUGGAACGUCACGAGCUUCUAACUAAGUGGAAAACACGUUUCGCAAGGGCUGGAUUCACGCCUUAUCCGUUGAGCUCGUUCAUCAACUCUUCAAUCAAGAAUCUUCUGGAUAGCUACCGCGGACAUUACACUCUAGAAGAGAGAGAUGGUGCACUAUAUCUAGGUUGGAUGAAUCAAGCUCUUAUUGCUUCUUGUGCGUGGAGAUGAAGAGUCCAAUGACAGUUCAGUUUUGUUAAUGCAGGUUUUUAUGUUAGACUAUGUAUCAUUCUCCUAUAUAGAUUUUGUCUUUUUUAUUACAGUCAAAUAACUGUGUUGUAAAAGAGAAUCCUAAAACUUUGUCACAAAUAGUAGUAACAACAUAAUGGAUUAUAUAGUUAUAUAUGUUGAA